AUGAGAAAAGAUGCGUUUGCCACACUAGUUAGCAUGCUUAAAAGAACUCAGUUUCUUAGAGACAAUCCUCAAAGUAAAGUAGAAGAACAAGUUGCAAAAUUCCUUUAUAUAAUUGGCAAUAAUUUUAGGAACCAUACAAUCAGGUUCUUUUACAGACAAUCAGGUGAGACUGUUAGUUGGCAUUUUCAUCAAGUUCUUAAAGCCAUUAUAUCAUUGGAAGAUAUCUUUUUAAAGCAACCUGAUGGAUUCAAGUGCCCUCCGGAGAUUAGAAACAAUCCCAAGUAUUGGCAUUAUUUUAAGUUUAAAUAUAUCCUUCCGGGAUGGGAAAGAUCUGCUUCAGACUCAAGAAUAUUAGAUAAUGCAUUAACAAGAAAAAUGGAUAAAUUGAUUGUUCCUCAAGGGAAAUAUUACUUGGUAGAUGUAGGAUUUCAACUAAAAACUGGGUUCCUUGUUCCAUAUAGAAGUACUCGUUACCAUUUGAAGGAGUAUAGUGUUCAUCAACCAGAAAAUUCCCAAGAGCUUUUCAACCUUUGUCAUGCAUCUUUGCGAAAUGAAAUUGAAAGAGCCUUUGGUGUCCUAAAGAAAAGGUUUCCAAUUUUAGGGAGUGGGGCAGAGCCAUAUUAUGAUGUUGACACUCAAGCAGAUAUUGUUUUGGCUUGUUGUAUUUUGCAUAACUACCUCAUGGGUAUUGAUCCCAAUGAAGGUCUUGUUGAGGAAGUUGAUACAGAGCUUAGAAAAGGACAAGUGCAAGCUAAUGUGGCUAGAUCAAGUUUAGCUGAAGAAUGUAGGGAAGGAGAAUUGUUAAGGAAACGAAUAGCUACUGAUAUGUGGAGGGAUUACGAUAUAAAUCUUUAG